AUGCUCACGGAAAUUCCCACUUGCUUUGCGGGAAUUGAAAGCCUCUUUGCUAUACUAGCCCUUGACCAUCGGAAGACUGCUAUUGAAUUAGCGCUUUCAAAGGGCGACUCCACUGCUAUUGAUAAGCUGGGCUCUUCCCCUAUAGUAUUAACCAAGAAGCGCCUAUAUAGUUCGCUUUAUCGUUCGCUAUCUGGUAAUAAGGGGUGGGUUAAUACGGGAAUCUCUGGGGCCGCGGGGGGAACUUCAGGAGCAUCAAUGACAGGUGCUGGGGCAUUGUUGCCUACUGUAGGCGGGGACGGUGGUCCGUCCACUCCCACCCCAUCGCACGGCGCUAUAACCAUAAAGUGA